UCCGGCAGCGGCAGCCACCCCCACCCGCUCCCCUCAAGGGAAACCCACCCGCUCCGCUCGGGCCGCGGACAGCAACGUCUCACCGCCCGGUGGUCCCGGCCCUCCACGGGCCCCGCGCGCCAGCCCGACGGCGCCCCACCCACCGCGGGCCCCAACCGUCGCUGUCGCGGGGUGUCCCCAGCCGCGCCCGCACCAUUUCAUUUCUCUCCCCCCUCCACGCCCCUCCUCCCUCAUCAGCUCUUCCUCACCUCGCUUCCAAGCGACACCAAAAGCGGCAGCGGCAGUGAACGGCACGAACCACCACCACCACCACUUGAGCCUCCCCUUGGCUUCCACUCCACUGAAGUACUGAGCCAGACCGGAAAGGCGGAGGCGGGGCAGGCGAGAGGCCAUGGCGAGCAACGGCGACGGGAAGGGCCGCGUGGCGGCAGCGGCCGGGGGAUACGGGUACGGGUACGGCGGGUACGAGGGGCCCGAGGAGCGCAAGUGGUGGCCGUGGCUCGUGCCCACCGUCAUCGUCGCCUGCAUCGCGGUCUUCGUCGUCGAGAUGUACGAGAACAACUGCCCCAAGCACGGGAGCCAGCUCGGGGACUGCGUCGCCGGGUUCCUGCGCCGCUUCUCCUUCCAGCCGCUCCGGGAGAAUCCGCUCCUCGGGCCGUCGUCCUCCACUUUGGAGAAAAUGGGAGCCCUUGACUGGAACAAAAUUGUUCAUCAGCACCAAGGCUGGCGCCUUAUCAGCUGCAUCUGGCUCCAUGCUGGCCUAAUCCAUUUGGUUGUGAACUUGCUAAGUUUGCUGUUUAUUGGAAUCCGCCUUGAACAGCAAUUUGGAUUUGUUCGCAUUGGUGCCAUAUACCUACUAUCCGGUUUUGGUGGCAGCGUGCUGUCUGCACUCUUCCUACGGAACAACUACAUCUCUGUUGGUGCAUCUGGAGCUUUAUUUGGCCUGCUUGGAUCCAUGCUCUCAGAGCUACUCAUGAACUGGACUAUUUAUUCCAACAAGGCAGCAGCCAUAAUAACUCUCCUGUUUAUUAUUGCGCUCAACUUGGCUAUUGGGAUACUACCUCACGCCGACAACUUUGCUCAUAUUGGUGGAUUCGCUACUGGCUUCCUCUUGGGCUUUGUUCUGUUGGCUAGGCCUCAAUUUGGUUGGAUGGAACGCCAUGAGUUGCCACAGACUAGCCAACCUCCUAAGUACAAAGCAUACCAAUACGUGCUGUGGGUUGUGGCACUCAUCUUGCUAUUGGUCGGGUUUGUGAUUUCACUGGUGAUGCUUUUCAAGGGGAAGAAUGGGAACGAUGGCUGUCACUGGUGCCACUACCUGAACUGCGUGCCAACAUCGAAGUGGAAGUGCAACACCUAGGCGCCUCAGUUUUCCACUUACACUUCAGUCGAAAUAUGUAGUGUUCAGAUUCAGAAGACCAUUUUUUAUGCUGUUGUCUGUAGAUAUGAACAAGUUUUUUGUUCUUUAUUGGAUUGGAUUUUCCUGGUUUCUGUAAACUUCUUUGUUGAGCACUGCGUGUUUAUAACUCGAGGUUGAUACCUUUUCAAAAUUAUUGUUUGGAACGGCUGAUUGUCU